AAUGCCUUUGCAGCUCGUGGUGUUGACUUUGGAAACCUCAUGGAAGCUUGGCUGCUGCAGGCCAGGAAACAUCACUAGCACUAGGGCCAUGUGGGACCUCUCCUUUAAAAGAAAAAAAAAAGUUUGAGUUUUUUCUCAGCCCAUUGUAAGCAAUCAGGCAAAUAGAAGCUUGCUGUUGUGCAGUGAACAGGCACUUCUUUCAAGAAGGCGGAGAGCAAUGCUUACUCUACUGAAGGAAGAGCCAGUAGACCGGCAAGAAGUCAGGACAUAUUCUCGUUGCACCAGCAGACGGUUACAGCAACAGUGGGUCUUCUGAAGCCAACUCCACUGGAUGUGAUUGCCUCUGAAUGCAAAUUCAAGCUCCUCCAAUUGCUGGCAAGCAAAGAGCAACAGAUGCACUCAAACACAGGCUUACUUCGGAACCCUGUCUCAACACGCACACCAAAGUUGUGCCCACGGGAAGAGGAUACACGUUUUAUUGACAGAACCGCAAGUGGCUUGAACCCGUGGCUGACUGGAUUUAUUUCUUUGAACCAUUCCACCUUUCUUUUUCUCUCUCUCUUUCUCUCUUGGGGUGAACCCCUGAAUUGCUUGAGCCAAUAUGAUGUCUGUUCCUGUGGUAUGUGUGAUGUUUUUUCUUGUGGGCUCAGGGGAGGCUCAGGUUGCUUCACAAACUCAGGGGCAAAGCCAGAGACAGGGUCAAGAGCAGGACAGUUCCGCUACCCCUUGGAGACAGGUGAUACAGUGGGAAAACAACGGACAGGUGUUCAGCCUGGUGAACAGUGGAGCUGAGUACGUUCCUGCCGGGACUGGAGGCCAAGAAAGAGCUGCCAGGGUCAUUUUGUCAGAUCCCCGUCCUUCACGCAGACGCCAGGGAGGCAAUCUCCGUAGGCAGGCUCCCCCGAGGGGGUCCUCCGAAACUGUUCGUGGCCAGGCAAGGCAUCCUUUCGGUUUUGGACAAGUGCCUGAUAACUGGAGGCAAACCACAGGCAGCACAGGAACCAGCCAGUUCCACGGUUCCUCGAGCAGUCAGCGUCGUCCAUCGUCGUCGUCUUUUUCCUCGUCUUCAUAUAACAUACCAUCCUACCCACAAUACCCAUUUCCCCAACAGCCUCCCUUCCAGCCUUUUGACGGCGGUUUUCCAGACGCCCCGGUCAGAAACUACGAGCCGCCUUUCCAGCCUGUCCCAGGCGCCGGAUACAGCGGAGGAACAUUUGGGACUGGACAAGGGUUUGCUGCAGGUGGAUUUGGAGGAGGUCUGGGCUCAGUGUUCCCUGGUUCUCCAUCUGAAUUCCCUGAAAACGGUUACUAUUAUUACCAGUCAUACGGCUACGGACCCAAUCCAGUGGUACCCGCAAGUGCCCCCCAGCCACCUUUUGCAGAUGGUCUGGAUCACAGGUACACCCACAGCCUUUUCAAUGAGGAAUCUGCCCCUGCCAACCCAAUCCCUGAUGCCAACCAAGCGCUUCCUGUUGUGGUGGAUAGACCAGGAGCUGCUGGGCAAUCAGCAGUCCGAAGCCCACAAUAUGAGCAGUUUCCUCCCUUUGGAAGACCUCAGCCUCCUUUCUCGCAGCCUUUUCCUCAAGGCAGAACCUCUCCAAACUCUGCCGUAGAGAACUCUGGUACCAACGUUGGCAAUGUGUAUCGAGGAGCCCAAAGAGGUUUGCCUGAUCUGGUUCCGGAUCCGAACUAUGUCCAGGCUUCAACAUACAUCCAAAGAGCCCACAUGUACUCCCUCCGCUGUGCUGCAGAGGAAAAAUGCUUGUCGAGCUCUGCCUACCGCCCCGAGACCACCGACUAUGACGUAAGGGUCCUGCUCCGAUUUCCGCAGAGGGUGAAGAACAAAGGCACAGCUGACUUCAUGCCCAACAGGCCUCGUCAUACCUGGGAAUGGCACAGCUGUCAUCAACAUUACCACAGCAUGGACGAGUUCAGCCAUUACGAUUUGCUGGAGGUCGGCACGGGCCGCAAGGUGGCAGAGGGACACAAGGCCAGCUUUUGCCUGGAGGACACCACAUGUGACUUCGGUCACCUGAAGCGCUACGCCUGCACUUCUCACACUCAGGGUCUGAGUCCAGGCUGCUACGAUACCUACAAUGCUGAUAUUGACUGCCAGUGGAUCGAUAUCACCGACAUCAAGCCUGGAAACUACAUACUAAAGCUUGUGGUGAACCCCAAAUUCUUGGUGCUCGAGUCGGAUUUCACCAACAACGUGGUGAGGUGCAACAUUCACUACACCGGGCGAUUCGUCACAACAAACAACUGCAAGUUAGCGCAGUCUUGAUCCAGCAUAGGACUUCUGCCACAUUAUAGUGAUAUUCCACUGAAAUGUGAAUGGAAUCCAUUUGUUCUUGGAUAAAUCAAAUUUUUUUUCUGUUUGAUUUUUCUAUUUUUUAUUUUUUUAAAUUCUGUUUAGUGUGGUGCUUUGGGAUUCAUGAGCCAACAGCAAACCAGAGUUUCGCUGGUUCUAAAAACACGGAGGUUUAAACAUCCCCACUUUACCUUUUAUUUGCAUAAUGCAUCUCACACAUUGGCAUCCCGAUAACGCGCCAGCAGCUCGCGCAGCCCCACAUUUCCUGCUAAGAGCGCUUUUAUGUGUUUCAAAUGACAGCGUUACCAGCCUGGCUCGGCUCCGUAGUAUAGUUCACAUCACUGACGCCUAAAAGCCGUGUUUACUGUAUUUCCACGCAGUUGAGGCUCAUUUCAGCCACAAUUCAACACACGAAAUUAGGGAGAACGACGGUCCGCAUUCAUCCGUGCUGUGUGGCAACACACAGAAAUGCCCAGUGAUUCAGAAGAGCUAUAAUUUGUCAGUUUGUGUUCGUCUUUCUCUCUUAACCACCUUGGCAGACCAGCAUGGGAUCCUGUAAUUUUUUUUUUUCUUUUUUCCGGCCACAUCUUGUUAAAUGUGUUGACGGUGAGAAGAAGACAGCAGGACUAAUUUGCAUGUGUUAACAUCAAGACAUACCAUUCGUUAACAGGCCACGGAAAGCCAGACUCUUUGCAAAAACAAAACAAAACAAAAAAACAAGGGAGUUGCAUAUCUUGGCAGAAAACUGUGCUUUGAAGAAAACAAAACUUGCGGCAUUCUUUUUGCUGAAUUAUUAUUACCCUUUUUUAUUUGUAUUUCACACUCCAACACUGGUCAGAUGGCACAUGGGUCAUCUCUACCUUUUUUAAAGAAUGUUUAUACAGAUAUUCAACCAACGUAUGAUUUUAGUGAUGGAGAUCAUUUUAUGUAACUGAUUGUAAUUUGCUUAUUCACUUUUAUCUGUUACUGUAAUUGCUCAGUUUAACUUUGGUAUGUUUUUUUCUCAAUUGUUAAAAAAAAACAAACAAACCAAUAAACAUAAAAGAAACCGGCGCUGCAGAUACUUUGCGUACGAUGCAGGCAGUGGAGAGUUGCAGAAAGCCUUCUCUUCCUACCUCUCCCAUUGAGCGAGUCGUCGCUUCCAAGACCUUUCAUCCGCAGACAGUUUUAAGUUAGAAGCGCGAAACCCGAAUGGGUUUGCUGAGGUAAUUAUUUAAAUGAUUCCUGCACGAAUCAACUCUAAUUUGAUGGCAAAACUGCAUCUCAAGAGGAACACCAACAACUGUAGGAUUUGACUUUUGCUAAUGCUUCCGACUUCCUACAGAAAGCACUUUCUGGUGACAAGCUAAUCCUUGUAUAUCAAUAAUGUAUUGGUCAAAUAAUGCAGCGACGUGAUUUUUGGAAGCAUAUUUUAUGUCAAGUUCAGAGCAGGUAUACUCAUUGUUACUGUAGGGCUUUCAUUUAGUACUGUAAAUGAUCAGAUCUUUUGAUUUGAUAUUUAGUAGCUUGUAAAAAAAAAAAAAAACACAUUUCUUGGACCUUAAAUGUCCCAUUGUAACAUACAGAAUGCUUGGAAAGGAGAGCAUGCGUCACAGCUUACUGGUGCCAUUUCAGAGCUGGACUGUGGAUCUUUUGGUUAGCUUAGUUCACACAAAGCUAGAAGCUAUUCAUGUCAAAACUUUGCUUAGACCCUUAGUGUGAAGUUUACCUGUUAUUACAUGAAUUUGUACAUCCUACGUCCGCCUUCCCGGAGCCCUGAAUGGGAAAAGUGAGUGAAGUGUCAUUUCAUCUGGUUAGCUCAAGUCAUUAUUAUUAUUAUUUUUUUACAUCUGAAAUGACAAGGAGAGUAACCCAAAGACAUGGGAUUUUUGUUUUUGUGUCGACAAAUAUUUACAAGUGUGUUUGAUAUUCCCAUGCGAUAAGCAGAUGUACAACUUUUUACUUAAAAAGAUGUAACUUGUACUGUAACAUUAAUUGAAAAGAGAUCCCGAAUUGCACACCACAUUGUUAGAUCACAAUUUACAUAGACAAAAAUGAAUACAAACACCAAAGAGUCUGACGUUCAAUGGAAUAGAAAACCUUUUGACAUGUUUUGAUCCAGUGUUGUAAUUUUCUAACAGUGAAAUGAAAAAAAAAAGCCAAUAAAUACAUUAAUGUCUUCCUUGUGUACUGACA